AUGGACAAAUCAUCGGAUACAAUGGCUUCUCCCAAGAACGACGGUAGUGUCGACGACAAUAAUGGCGUCGACUAUGUUGUCCACUACAAGAUUCCUGCCAAAGAAAAGGCCGAAGCCGAAGCGGGCUACGUCGAGCUCAUCAGGGCUUUGACCACGGUCGGGCUCGCCAGCGAAGUUCGACGCGCCAGCAAAGACUCGCUCUACGUCUUUGUCAAAAUAGCCUCGUCCGACUUGCUUCAGAAGCAGAUCUACAGGGCCAGGCUACAGGACUGGCUGCACGGCGUCCGGUCCGCCAGCCCCAAUCACGAUGUCGCCAAGACGCUCGAGAGCGAACCCGUGACCGAGGCCGAGCGCCUGCGGCUCGUAUAUCUCAUGAUGAUCAAGCCAGAGAACGAAGGAGGCGCUGGACUGACGGAGAACGCGGGUAAAUGGAAAUAUGUCGACGCCAUUUUCCCACUUCAGAAUCGCGCAUUCAACAAGGAGUGGAUCUCCAACUGGAGCGGCAAAUGGCUCCUUGAGGAGUCAGAGAUCCAUGACAUUCGCGAAAAGUUUGGUGAAAACAUCACCAUGUACUUUGUCUUCUUGCGAUCAUACCUACGCUUCCUCGUUGUUCCGUCUGCAAUUGGCUUCAGCGCUUGGCUGUGUCUGGGCCAAUUCUCAAUGAUCUAUACUGUGGCUACCUGUCUCUGGUCUGUCAUUUUCUUCGAGUAUUGGAAGAAGAAAGAGCUCGAUCUUGCUGUUCAAUGGGGCGUUAGACGCGUCUCGGAAAUUCAGCAGCCGCGCCCUCAGUUUCAGUGGGAUUACGAACAGGAAGAUCCCGUCACUGGCGAAGCUGUCCGAGUCUACCCACCCAUGAAGCGACUCCAGACUCAGAUUCUUCAAGUCCCGUUUGCUCUGGCAUGCAUCAUUGCACUCGGAAGUCUCUCCCUCACGGCUAUUUCUCUCGAGAUUUUCAUCAAUGAAGUCUACAAUGGUCCUGGAAAGCAAUACCUUGCCUUUGUUCCGACUGUGAUUCUCGUUGUCUGCACGCCAAUCAUGUCUACCGGCUUGAUGGCUGCGGCCAAAGCACUGACGGAUCGCGAAAACUAUGCCACCGUUGAUGCAUACCGUGCAGCUCUGAUUCAGAAGCAGUUUGUCCUCAAUUUCAUGACGUCUUACAUGCCUCUGCUCUUCACCACCUUCGUCUACUUGCCAUUUGGCCAUGUUCUCAUUCCUGCCCUCGAUUUCUGGAGACGGACUGCGCAAACCAUCACCUUUAGCAAAGCGCCGCUCGCUACGCGCGAGUUCCAGAUCAACCCGCAACGUAUCUCGGCCCAGAUGUUCUACUUUACUGUCACGGCGCAAAUUGUCAACUUUGCCACUGAGCUGGUAGUUCCGUAUGUCAAGCAGAGGGCGCUUGCCAAGGCCAAGGAGAUUCAAGCCAAACGAAGCGAGGAAAACGUCCAUGAUAACCCAGAAGAGACUGAGUUUAUGAAACGCGUGCGCAGCGAAUACGAAAUGGACGUAUAUGACGUGACGGAAGACUAUCGCGAGAUGGUGAUGCAAUUUGGCUACCUGAACCUUUUCUCUGUUGCUUGGCCACUGGCACCGUGCUGCUUUCUGGUCAACAACUGGGUCGAACUUCGCUCCGAUGCUCUCAAGAUUGCCAUGAGCUGUCGCCGGCCCGUUCCAUGGAGAGCUGAUUCUAUUGGUCCAUGGCUGCAGACCCUCGGUGUCCUGUCGUGGCUCGGUAGUGUCACCAGCUCCGCAAUUGUCUUUUUGUGCAGCAGAGACAGGGACGGCGAGCGUGGCGCCGCCUCCAACUUUACAGGAUGGGGUCUGCUGCUUAGCAUCUUGCUGGUUGAGCACUUUUACUUCUUGGCGCAGAUCAUUGUUCGUACCGUUUUGGACAAACUGGAGAGCCCCGGACUGCAGAAGGAGCGCAAAGAGAGAUUCCAAAUGAAGCGACGUAUGCUUCAAGAUCACCUUGGACAGGACGUGGCGGACAAGGCUGCGGCUCCUGGCAUCGAAACGUCCGAGAAGAUUACGCGAGCUUCUCUCGAGGAAGAGGCACGGCUUACUUCCAUUCGGGGCAGGAGUUCUCCAGCAGAGAUCUUUUGGCAGCACCAGCAAGGCAUGCAGGAGACUAUCGAUGUCGGCCGUAUGUUCAUUACGCAAAUGGACACCAAAAAUGGCAAGCAAGCCGGUGCCGCGCAGCCGAGUCCCAGAGCAUAG